UCACUGUACAGUCCUGGCACCGUUAGGGCGCGUGCUGUCACCCACACCUGGAGAUGACCGGUGAUUAAUUUGAGCACGCGCCCGUUACUUUCACUUUGAAGUACCGGCAGAAUUGAAGUGGAGCGUCUGUUUAGUCACAUACUGGAAAAUAAAAAGAGCGAAAAGGACAUAUUUUUUAUUUUGUUAUUUUUGCCGUUUUUUUGGAAGACGGGGACAUCAUGAAAACUGCGAAGGAAGAUGGCGAGAUGAGGGGAGUGACGAUAAAUCGAUUUAUAGAGGAGGCGCCUCCAUCUGGGAUGUCCAAGAAUGGAUACUUCUUUCAAGAAAUGGAGCAGCGGGAGGCGGAGCAAGAGGAGGACAGCGAGUGCCGAGAGGAGGGACAAGACCUACCGAUCGCCUGCGGCGAAGACAUCCACCUCUAUGACAACCAGAUCAGCCCUGGGCCAGAUGCCGACGAUUCUGGCUGUGUGUUACUGAACACAUCAAGACGGUAUGUGAAGCUCAUGAACUUCGAGGAGGAGGUUCGGGCACACCGGGACUUGGAUGGCUUCUUGGCGAGGGCUAGCAUAUUGUUGGAUGAGACAGCCGCCUCCCUGGACGACGUCCUCAAGAGAAUGUUGCACCACGUAGGCGAGGACAGCCACGUGUCCGAGCCCGGGUGCAACUUUGAAGAGGUGAUGAGCAUGCUUUUCACAGAUGCAGGAGCUCAAGAGGUCAAUGAGAAGUCUCAAAGUUUCGUUUUCUUUGAUGACGUUCAUCUGCUGUCUGAGACAAUCCAAGGCGUGACGGCAACAGCCACCGGGGUCCAGUACCAGCAGUCCUGGCUCUGCAUCCUCUGCAACGUCAAACAUCUCCAGAGGCGUCAUGUGUGUAUCUCUCGUCUGGAAAGGCCGCAAAACUGGGGGGAGAACUGCUGCGAGGUCCGCUAUGUCAUCCUGAUACUCGCCCCAUCCAAAAUGAAAAGCACCAAGACUGCGAUGGAGCUGGGCAGGACGUUUGGCACCCUUUUCUCUGACAUCUCCUUCAGGCAGAAGCUGUUAGAGACAAAGACGCAGGAGGAGUUUAAGGAGGCUUUGGUGUUCCAGAGGCACCAGCUCACAGCGGCCAACCAGCAGCCCAUCGCUCUGGGGAAGAAGGAGACGGUCCCCCGCAGCCACAAACCUCUCAAGUGUAAAGAUUUCUUCAAAGCCGGCCGAGGGAUUUAUGAGGACUUGCGUCGCAGACUGCCUUUCUACCCUUCUGACUUCACAGAUGGUAUAGUUGGAAGUAAUAAAACCCUGCUGAAGUACAUGACCACAGCCAUCUUCCUCUACAUCGCCAUCCUCCUCCCUGCGAUUGCUUUCGGCUCCCUCAACGAUGAGAGCACCCGCGGCGAAAUCGAUGUUCGGAAGACUAUCAUUGGCCAGAGCAUCGGCGGAGUCAUCUACUCGUUGUUCGCUGGUUCCCCUUUAGUUAUCCCUCUCACCACUGCUCCCCUCGCCAUCUUCAUCAGCGUGAUCCGAGGAAUCUGUGAUGACUACAACUUGGAUUUCCCAGCUUUCUAUGCCUGCAUCGGUUUGUGGAACUGCCUCUUCCUAAUCUUGGGAGGGAUCUUCAAUGUCAGUCUGCUGAUGAAGCUCUUUAAAAGGUCAACAGAAGAGGUUAUUGCCCUGUUCAUCUCCAUUGCAUUUGUAGUUGAUGCUGUCAAAGGAACAGUCAAAAUCUUUCAGAGGUACUACCACGCUCCAGGUCUGGAAAACAGGAGCAUAGCGGACCUUCCUCAGGUUGGAGACCUGCAGGGAGGAAACGGGAGUGAGGUGAUGGUCGGGUCAGUGUUCAAUGCUCUGCCUGAAUCUUUCAUCCAGUGCACUCGAGAGAGGCCCGUCCUUUGCCUCCUGCUGAUGCUCGGGACAUUAUGGAUGGGCUAUACCCUCUACCAGUUCAAAAGAAGUCCGUUCCUGCAUGCCAAAGUGAGGGAAGUGCUGUCGGAUUGCGCCCUGCCCAUCUCAGUGCUGCUGUUCUCCUUCAUCGGCUCCUACAUUUUUAGCGACAUCGAGCUUCCAGUGUUUAAGGUUCACAAUCGGCCGAUUUUCAACGUGGCUCCGUUCGAGCGGCUGUCAGCCAUGAACGUCGUCAGUGCCAUGGGACUCGGCUUCCUCCUGGCUCUCCUCAUCUUCAUCGACCAGAACAUCGUUGUUUCGCUUACCAAUGCUCCAGAGAACAGGUUGCUGAAGGGCACGGCGUAUCACUGGGACCUGAUGCUCUCUGGCCUCAUUAACAUCCUGAUGUCGGUGCUGGGGUUGCCCUGGAUGCAUGCCGCCUUCCCCCACUCCACCCUCCACGUGCGCCAGCUGGCUUUCGUGGAGCAGCGUGUGGAGGGGGGGCACCUCUACGAGACCAUCGUCCAGGUGAAGGAGACCCGGCUGACAUCUCUGGCUGCCAACAUCUUCAUCGGCGUGUCUCUGCUGCUGCUGCCCGUUCCGCUGCAGUGGAUCCCCAAACCCGUCCUGUACGGCCUCUUCCUCUACAUCGCCCUCACCUCCAUCGACGGAAACCAGAUGUGCGACCGCAUGGCUCUCCUCCUGAAGGAGCAGACGUCUUACCCACCUACCCACUACAUCCGCAAAGUGCCCCAGAGGAAGAUCCACUACUUCACCUUCCUGCAGAUGAUGCAGCUGCUGGUGCUGUGCACAUUCGGCAUGUACCCAAUACCGUACAUGAAAAUGAUCUUCCCUCUGGUCAUGAUCCUCCUAAUCCCAAUCAGGAACAACGUGCUUCCUCAUAUCAUUGAGGCCAAAUACCUGGACAUCAUGGAUGCCCAACACAUGUAGCUUCACCAGGAUUCAAGCUCUGGAUCCUCACAGAGUCCAUGGGAGCGAACGAGAAAGAAAGAAAAAAUGGAAAAAGGAUUAACAAAAACAUAUUUUUUGAUGCAAAACUAUAUGGGYGCAAACAGGGGGAAAAAAAGAARRAAAAAAAACACGGACUGUUUAGAUUUUUUUGUAUCCGAGAAGUCCGUUGAAGCACUGGAAACGCGGGGAUGCCGAGAGAGGAAGAGAGCCGAGAGUUUGGGUCCGACAUUUUCCAARAAAGCGAACAGAAAAUUUCUCUGUGAAACAAGCGUUCUCCAAGAAAAGUGACUGUUCCCGUCUCGCCUCUGUUUGACCACGUCGGAUCGUGCGGUGCCAUAACAAGUCUAUGUUCUCGUUUCACAGCUUCAACCUUUUUAUGGUUACACUUUACAAUAUCCUUUUUGCAGUGUGUGGGGGCAGGUGCUUCAAGUAUUCUCUGAUGCUGUGGAAGUAAUAAUAAUAAUAAUAAAAAAA